UCAAUUUCAUUGUGAACGCACCUUAUACCUAUUUGUUUUUAAUUCUGUAUAUUUGUAUUUAUUUAUUUUUAUUUUGCUGCUCCAUUACUCGAUAAUUUUCACUAAUGGAUGACGCGAAUGGCUUAAUAUAUGGACUUGAAUUCCAGGCCAGAGCUCUCACGCCCCAAUAUGGGGAAACCAAUGAAGUUAGAUUCUUCAUUGCCACCCAAUCUUUAAAACCAAAUAAUCAGCUCCAUCUUCUCGAGUACAAUGAAGAAAAAGCAUCCAUAAGAGCAAAGAUAUUUUCUCAUCCUCUGGGUGAAGUGUGGAAAUUGAAUAGCAGUCCCCACAACGCUCGUUCAUUGCUCUCUUGCUACAGCUUUCAGAAAGGAGCUCAAGUCAUAACACAUUCCGCUGUUCUUACUAUUCCAGAGAAUCUCGAUGACAAUGAUCUCGAUUCCGAAUUUCUUCCGUAUGACAAUGUAGAAAUUCUCCCAACAGAGGAAUUUGGAACUGAUGUCAAAACAACUGAAUUCCAUCCCACCGAUGAAAAUAUUCUUGCCACCGUAGUCGAUGGAAAAAUUGUUAUCUUCGAUCGCACCCAAGUUAAGUCCCGAUGCUGUGCCGAGAUAACAACAAAGAACUCACCAAAGUUUACAACUGGCAAGUGGUCACAGCAUCACCAGGGCAAUCAAUUCAUAGCCCUUCAUGACUGUGCAGUACGAUCUUAUGACAUACGAGACACCAAUCACUGUGCUUGGUCCAUUGACGAUGCCCAUGGACAACUUGUACGAGACGUCGAUUGUAAUCCAAACAAACAAUGCCACAUUCUUACCGGUGGUGAUGAUGGCUACUUAAAGAUCUGGGACACCCGAAUGGCCCGAGAACCAGUUUUCAUUCGUGGUGAUCAUUCACAUUGGGUAUGGAAUGUUAGAUUCAAUACAUUCCACGACCAGUUGCUCCUAUCGAGUAGCAGUGAUUGUAAGGUACUCUUGACUUGUGCUGGUUCGGUGAGUUCGGAAACAACCGAAGAAGAUGGCGAACCAAAGAAACUACUAUCGGAUGGAUUGUUGCAAACUUUUGACCAACAUGAGGAUUCGGUGUAUUGUGUUGAAUGGAGCAAUGUUGAUCCAUGGAUAUUUGCUUCUCUAAGUUAUGACGGAAGAGUGAUUAUUUCAAAAGUUCCAAAACAAUAUAAAUAUCAAAUAAUAUUUUAAAAAAUA